AUGACUUACCUCAAGGACUCCUACCAGAAGUUCCGCGCCAACCCCCGCAAUGCCCCAGUCGCCGCCAAUGUGUCGCUGAUCUAUGUGCCCUCCACGACGCGCAUCGAUGGCGCCGAGGCCGUCGCCGUGCAUGCGUCGCGCCAGUCCAGCGUGGUCAAGAAGAACUCCGAGCAGGUCAUCAGCGCCAUCGAGAGCUCCGACUCACUGUGCCUGGAUAUCGAGACCACGCUGGAGUUCCUCGAGGGCGGCGGCGUCUAUCUCCCCUCGUUCGACGAUAACUUUUUGGCGGAUCGCGUCGUGACCAUCCCCACGCUCCACAUCGUCCACUUCAAUGCCGAACAUCAAAUCCAGCAGGUGCGCAUCUACUGGGACCAGGGCUCGCUGUUGAAGGAGCUCGAAGUCAUUGGUGCGCGCGGCCGCAACUGGCCCAUCCGCGAAGCGAAGGAGCAGACUCGCCUGCUCAAAGCUGCGGCGACUGCGAAGGAGGCUGCGCCCUCUCUGCAGCCCUCUCAGGGCGACCUGCCUCCGCGUCCCUCUUCUCCCGGCAAGCGACACAUCAAGGAUCCCUAUGCGGCGGCCUCUCUGACCGAUCUACUGUCUCCGACCAAGGGCGAUGUGGAGGAGCGCGAACCCGAGACACGCAGGCCCUCUUCCCCCGGCAAGCGACACACUAAAGACCCCUACGCUGCGGAAUCCUUGACUGAGCUGCUGUCGCCCAGCAAGCACGACACCAGUGCCCCAGUGCGCCCCUAUGCGGCAUCGACUGCUAAGCCUCCCCCGCGCGACCUGGGCGACAUCUUCGUCGCCGACGAUGACGACCAGUUCCCGGCUACACCCUCCAAGGCCAAGAAAGUGACUGCCCCCAAGGCUGGCGCAAAGUACGAGAGCGCCAACCGCAUCUUUGUGGGUGAUGAGGAUGAGCCCGUGGAAGACCGCGCCUACUACAAGUCGGACCCCCGCAAAUACAACCACUUUGAGAUUGGAGGUGAUAACACCGAGCACGAGGUCAAGGACGAAGUCCAGCGUGGCAAGUCGCGUCACCAACCGCAAUGGGACUUUGGCGACUUCUCGACCCCCGAGAAGAACCCCCAGCCCGCUGCGAAGGCCCGCGGUUUCGGCUACAGUGAUGAGGAGCAAGAUCUCGAAUCUCCCCCGCGCCGAGAGGCUGUGGUCAAGCCCCGUCCGGACCAGAGCGCACACUUCGAGAUUACUGACGAUGUGACCGACGAGGAGGACGGCCGUAUCGUCAGCUCCUACGGAAACCGGGACAAGGGUCUGUAUGAAAACCGUCUGUAUGACGAGGAAGGCUCGCCCGGGACGGGCGAGCGUGAGACCAAGAAGGAGCCUCUGAGCCUGCGCGGCAACAAUGCGAACCGCAAUAAGACCUUUAAUGCCCACUGGGAGAUGACCGACGUUUCUCCUGUCCCCAGCCGAUCCGACAGCGAGAACUCCAAGCCCCUGCCCUCGGACCGCAGCAAGGCCGUUAAGAUGAUGGAAGCCAACUGGGAGAUGCAGGACGAAUCGCCCCAGCCAACCCGCACUACCAUCGCGCUGCGCAACCCCAAGACUCACAACCAGCCCAGCUGGACCUUGGAAGACGAAUCGCCCCCUACCAAACCAGCGACUUCCCUGCGCAACCCUCGCACCCAUAACCAGCCCAGCUGGACCAUGGGUGAUGAGGAGUAA